AUGGCAGCGCUGGGGCCGCUCCUACCCCGGGGCCGCCGGCAGGAGCCACGGCUGGGACGUGCCGACAGACCAGCACUGCUUGGACGUCUUCACAUGCAUCUGAGCCACCUGUGUGAGUCUGAGUCAGGCACCUGCAGCGACAAACGGGAGAAAUACAGGCUCUGUUCCCGAGUGCUCUGCCUGCACUGCUGCGUCUGUGGCCAGAGCGGGGCCACCAUCAUGUGCUGCAAGGAAGGCUGCGACAGAUGGUUCCACCUGCCCUGUGCCAAGGAGGGCGGCUGUGUUACACAGUACAUUGCCCCAUACAGGUCCUUCUGCCCUGAGCACCGUCCAGUGCAGAUCGUGCAGGUGACUCCAGAGCCAGGCACCGAAUGCCCCAUCUGCAUGGAGCCAGUGGAGGACAGGAAGACGUUCAACACCAUAGUGUGCCCGACGUGCAAAAGAGCCUGGUUCCACAGGGACUGCCUCCAGGUGGGAGCCAUCCCUCAGGCCUGGGACACAGCAGGUGCUCAGCAGCACCAGGGCUGGCUCACACAGCUUCUGUUUGCCCUGCAGGGACAGGCCAUGCGCGCUGGUCUUUUGUCCUUCCGCUGCCCCCUCUGCAGAGAUGAUGAGGAAUUCCUUGUCGAAAUGUUCCGCGUGGGCAUCCGAACCCCCGUCAGAGAGCCAACAUGGGAGGACAACAACGCCUUUGCGGAUCUAGGAGAGAGGCACAGCAGGUGCAAUGCCAGGGAAUGCCUUUACCCAGGAGGCAGGGAGGAGGCAGAGGAAGAGGGGCCCUGGGAGCUGCUCCUGUGCUCCUCCUGUGCUGCUGAGGGCACCCACAGGCGCUGCUCGGGCCUGAGAGUGAGGAGAACCCACUGGGAGUGUGAGAGCUGUGCUGGUCUCGGCACGGCCGCCAGAGAUGAGCCGGAGCUCAAUGGCCCCAGCCUGACCAGACAGUCAGGACUGGAAUCUUCUCGGCGCCUCUCAGAAUCUGAGGCCAUCAGCCCCACCAGCAGCCCAGUGUCAUCGGAGCAGCAGGAGAACAUCAAGGACAGAGAGGCCCAGGCAAAGGCAGACACCAUCGCGGGCAGCCCCCAGACUCAGCCGAUCCCGCCAGGAAGCUCAGGCCCAGAGUCCACCUGCCCGGUCGAGGAGUCGCCGAGACAGGAGCAGCAGCACAACAUCGAGGGCAGAGAGGCCCAGGCGAAGGGAGACACCAUCGCAGGCAGCCCCCAGACGCAGCCGCUCCCGCCUGCCACGUCAAGUCUCGAAUGGACCUGUCCAGUCCAGCGGUCUCCAGGACAGGAACAGGAGGACAGCAGCAAGUGCUGA